GCAAAUAAAACCCUCGACAUUUGCACGUAAUCCUCGCGCUGUCCUCUCUCCUCCCUCGUUUCUGACGAAAUGAUGAAGGCAUCUUUGAAGGGUAGGUACGAGACUGACAAAAGCAGCGCCGCUGCUGCUGUCGCCUUCAACGCCGGCGAUGUCAAGCUCCGUGCUUCUAUGACUGACGCCACUGUCGUCAAAGGCCCCAGCUUAAACGGCUUGGUUUUAGCCGUCGAGAAACCAGGCUUCUUCAUGGUUGACUACAACGUCCCCAAGAAGGAUUUUCGGUUUCAGUUUAUGAGUACGAUAAAGGUUGCUGAUAAGCCCUUGAAUCUAACAUACAUCCAUAGCAGAGGGGAUAACCGCACGGUAUUAGAUGGGGCUCUUGUGCUCGAUUCAGCUAAUAAGUUGGCGGCCAAUCACAUUCUUGGUUCAGGGAAUUGUAAAUUGAAGUAUACUUAUGUGCACGGAGGGGUGACCACAUUCGAGCCUUGCUAUGAUUUGGCUAAAAACUCCUGGGAUUUUGCUGUCUCACGGAAGGUUUAUGCUGAUGAUGUGUUUAGGGCUACAUAUCAAACAUCAAGCAAGGCUCUGGGAUUGGAAUGGUCAAGGAAUUCAAAGUUCAAUGGAAAUUUCAAGGAUGGAGAGGAUUUGAGCUUUGAAGUCUUCAGAUUGAACUACUUCCAAGUUUAAGAGAGGGGCAGAGGCCAUGGCAUAUGAAGCCAUUAAUCCUGAAGUCACUUGAUCAUGAAAUCAUGAUUCAUUUGAAGUUCAAGAAAAGCAGACAUUGUAAUGUGAGGAGUAUCCUAUCCUGAAGCAACUUAUUUCAAGGAAGGGCAAUCUUAUUAUUGCUUAGAUAUGAAUAGAAUUUGGAAUCAAAUGUUAAAGGAUAUGAUAUGUAGUGUGUGUAGUGCGUACUUCUAGCUAUCAAUUUGAACUUCUGUUAGAAGGUACAGAGCAAUAUACAAUUAGCUUUCCUUGAAAUAAUUUUUUGAAAGUAGUGAUUUAGAAUCAGCAGGAUAUCAGUAUUAUCAUAGAAGGACAGAAAUAGUUGUUGAUAUUAGAUUAAAGAGGUACUUGAUGUUUUUGGUUCUGCUAUUGAUAUUUUUUUUGGGGUGGGGUUACAUGUAGAGCAGGGAGUGAAGUUACGUUACAUGUCUAUGUUGCCACAAAAUUGUGUUAAAGCAGUUAUUUCAGGGCAUUAAGACAUGCAGUUUCUCUGGUGGUGUUAGGUUGGAUGAGUAUUGAGUAAGACCAUCUGGUGCUAUCAUUUUGUCUUUUUUCUCUUCCCAUUUUCUGAGUUGCAUUUUAAUGAAGAAUUAUUUCCUACUGCA